GUGUGAUUGUGAGUAAGCAGAUGAUAUUUUGCUAACAGAAGACAAUAUUGCUGAUCGCAAAAUAGAAUUCAGCUGAGUGUUAAUGUGUAAUAAAGUUUUGUUAGGUGAGCUGUAGCAUAACCACAAUAAAAUCACAACAGUAAGAUGGCGGAAUGCACGACGUUAGACAGCCUGUUGGAAAUGGGCUUUGACAGAAACAGAGCGGAGAAGGCUGUUGCACAUACUGGCAAUCAGGGUAUAGAGAGAGCUAUGGACUGGAUGAUGGAACAUGAGAAUGACCCAGACAUCGAUGAGCCUUACGUCCCGCCGGCAGGGAAUGUCCUGGUGUCUAAUGACAGCCAAGAGAUACCAACAGAGCCGACACUAGCAGCAGAGGAGGGGGCUGAGGUGACACUGGAGGAGGGAAAUAAGAAACCAAUGACAGAAGAGGAGAAACGGGAGCAAAUCAAACGGUUGGAGGAGCUGAUGAAAGUGAAGCAGGAGGAGAGGAGAGAGCGGGAGAGACGGGAGGAGGUGGAGAGGGAGAAGCAGAGACGGAAGCAGGGCCAGGAGCUGCUGCAGGUCAAGCAGAAGCUCCAGGAGGAGGAGAUGAAGAAGCUGACCGAGCAGCGGCGGAAGGAGAAGAUGGAGGAUAGGAUGGCCAAGCAGCGAGUUCGGGAGAAGAUCGCCCGGGACAGAGAAGAGAGAGCGCAGAAGUUUGGGGGGGGCUUCUCAGUGGUCUCUCCUACAUCUCCCCCCUCUGAGGCCACCCCUUCUGCCUCUUCGGGUAGCCAAGGGCCUCCACCAGCCAAGAAGGACUACGACGAGUCUCGGAUACAGGUGCGUCUGUUGGAUGGCUCCACCCUGACUGCUGUCUUCAAGGCGCAGGAGCCGUUGGCUGCAGUGCGAGUCUAUGUGCAGAUGAACGGGGUGGAAGGCCAGGACUUCACCCUGCUGUCCCCCUACCCCCGGCGCAUUUACACUGACAUGGACAUGGAAAAGCCCCUGCGGGAGCUCGGUCUGGUGCCGUCUGCUGUCCUAGUUGUUGCCAAAAAGUGAAGUUAAAGAGAAACCCUGGGAGGACGGCAACACCGGAACACCAACCAGUGAACUGAAGGAAUUUGGAUGAUUAAAAACAGAGAGUGGAACAACAAUAAAUACACUGCGCUUAUUAAUACACUGGUUCUCUUCCUUACAGAUCAGUCAUGCAGCAAGCAGUAGUUUCAUGUAGGGGCUAUAUAUUCAUAUUCAUUUAGGUAUUUCCUUGUGCUAGAGUUAAACACUAGUGUAGGUGAAGUAAUCAGCAUCUCCUUAAAUUCACAUUGUUCCUCAGAAUGACUUUGAAUACAGCAUUGUCUAAAACAGCUGUUCUGGUACUUUUCAUAUCUUAUCACACAUGAUAAGGAGUAACGUUCAAAGGGCAGAGACAUAGAAGGUAAGGUCCGGUGAUCGCGUUUUUUUUUUAUGUUCUGCUAAAUAUUAAGAACUAUUGUGACUUAAUAAAUUGCUUUUUUAAAUUGUGUUUUGCCUGAAUACAUUACAUAAUGUAUAUAGGUAUGGUAGCAUGUUUUUCUUUCCAACAGUAGGUGUUUGCAGAAGUGAGAGUAGAAGUUCCACAUGUAAGUCUUAGCGGGUGAUGUUCACUUCCAGGAGUUUUCAGUAUCCGAUGGAAUUUCUGACAGAAGUUCGUUAGAGUGACCUCCACUUUCCUGGCCCAGGUCUCUGUCUGUUGGGGGGGGGGGGGUGAAUGGAUAUGAAUCGAUAGGAGGGCUGAUGGCAAACUAUUCAUGACUUAGGCCAAUAAAUACAUAUUUAUUUGGGAGGGGGCUAAAGCUCCCCCAAAACAGUUUUAACGACGCCCCUGGUCUGAUAACUUUGUGAGUCUAUCUGAUGGAUGACUGGAUUACAUUGAAUUUUUUGCACUGAGUCAUGGUAAUAUGGUAAUACUAUUUUAUUAUCUCAUAUGCAGUUGUCCUAGACAUGAGAAAA